AUGUAUCAACAAGAAAAUGAUGGCGUUGCUAUUAUAAAUGUUCGAUUUAGCGAAUGGUCAUUUUAUGACAUCGUAUUUUAUAUAAUAACCAUUCUCGGGUGUUCUUUAAGAUUAUGGAGUUUUUACACAUUGAGAGAAUAUUUUACGUUUAAUGUUACCAUUCUCAAAAAUCAUAAAUUAGUUGAUACAGGUCCUUAUGCUCUAUUAAUUCAUCCUUCGUAUACUGCAAUUAUGUUAAUGACACCUAUUGUUUUAUAUGUGACUUAUCAACUUCAUUAUUAUAUUCCAAUUUAUUCUCCCGUCGAUUUUUCAUUUUUCGUAUAUAGUUGGUAUACUUAUGCUGCAUGGGCUUUCAUAUAUUUAUAUUUAGGAAGGCACAGAGUUUUAGGUGAAGAGAAAGUGUUAAAACAAAGGUUUGGAAAAGAAUGGGAUUUGUAUUCAAAACAAAGAAAAAGGUUUAUUCCUUAUUUAUUUUAA